AUUCCUCUCAUCCCCCAAUUUGACAGAACUAGUGCUCGAUGCGCAGUGCAGCGAGGAACUCAGUAAGAAGCACUGACUGGGCGGGUGAUGGAUUGAGGCUGCAAUGGUGGGUGUCCUUGUUUCCCCAGGAUGCCUUGCAGCAGAGGUUGACUCAGCAGGACACAUCUGUUCUUCAGCUCAAGCAAGAGCUUCUGAGGGCAAAUAUGGACAAGGAUGAGCUACACAACCAGAACGUGGAUCUGCAGAGGAAGCUAGACGAGAGGAACCGGCUCUUAGGAGAAUACAAAAAAGAGCUGGGGCAGAAGGACCGCCUCCUUCAGCAGCAGCAGGCCAAGUUGGAAGAAGCCCUCCGGAAACUCUCGGAUGCCAGCUACCAGCAGGUGGAUCUAGAACGGGAGCUAGAACAUAAAGAUGUCCUUCUGGCUCACUGCAUGAAAAGAGAGGCAGACGAGGUAACUCAGAACUUGGGUUUUCCUUCUCAUGUUACCGGACCAAGUUUGUUAGGAUUCUUUAUAGUGAGGUGUUGAGUGCAGGUUCCAGGACCUGGGUGUGCAGCUCAGUGGUGGAACGUUUGUCUAGUGUGCGCAAGGUACCAGGUUCACUCUCCAGCACCGAGGGGACUGGAGUGUGGUACCUAGCGUCUAACAUUUAGAAAUGAAAUAUGAAAAUAACAGAGACCCUCUCUCUUAUAAUGAAGACUAUUAAAUUACAUAAGCAACUGAAUACAGUCUUACGAAAUCCACCUAGCACAGAGUUGGGUUUAAGAUAUGGAGGGGGGAGGAC